CCCCAACCAAUGCCAAGAAGUCGCCGUGUAUGUUAAUAUUGCGUCACAAACAUUAUCGGCCAGUAUAUAACGUUCUGGUGCAGUGCCAAUCAGUACAAUACCUGUGCUUUCGUCAACAACAGUACAAUCAAACAAAAUGAUCAAGAUUGUGUUAUGCCUUUCUGUUUUGGUGGCCGUCUGUGUCGCUAAACCUUCCGGCGCAUUAGUCAGCGCCCCCUUAGUGGCUGCGGCUCCCGCUCCCAUCGUGACUGCUACCAGUUCGCAAUACUUCCACCGCAUCACUAAUGGUAUAGCCGCGUACGUCGCCGCCCCAGCCGCAUACGUCGCUCCCGCCGCUGCUGUUGCUGCCCCGUACGUUGCAGCUCCAGCGCCGAUCGUUGCUGUUUAAAAUGACUACUGACUGACUGACAUGUGAUAAUUAAAAGCUAUUUUUAACGCAA